UUUAGAAAUAAGUUUUAAAAAUUCACAAAUUUUUUUGUAAAACAUUUAUUGUAAAAUUAAUUUCCUGAAGUCCUUUUCAAAUCUUUACGUAAUCACUAUGCAAAUGAAAUGUUGGCUUUUGUGAAUGGCGAUUACGCUGCCUUUUGUGAUCAGUACUCUGAAGGUGAUAGAAACGUGUUAAACUGCAGGAAUUUUUCUAAAGCUUCUAAAGUUAAUUUGGAUUUUUACGAAGAUAAAGAAUAUGUAGUAUUCAAGAAUAUAGCCAUCUUUUCUAGUAUGGACCUGGAUUUUUCAGACAGUUUUUCAGAAUGCUCAGAAAACAGCCAAAUGGAGAGGACAAAUGACAGCAACGAUUCACUUACAAGUUUAGAUGAAGUGUCCGAAAAUACAAAAGUUAACGAAAUUUUAGGUAUUUCAAGAUUCAACGAAACUACUCCGAAAAAUGAAAUUAAACGUGUAACAAAUGGUGGAGUCUUCGGAUCAAAGAAAAGGAAAAGUUCUACACCAUGCCGUUCAUCUCCGCCAGAUGAUCCCAGUUUUCGUGGAGUAACAAUAACGAUGGAGAAUAAAUUUAUCGAUUCUGAAUGGAAACUGGUUAUCCACUCUACCUUUUCAUUAUCGCCAAAGAAGAAAAAGAAGAGAGUAAGAACUUACGUUGAUAGUUCUGAAGAGGAAGAAAUGAAUACCAAUUAUUAUCAAGCACCAGAAGAGAAACAUUGUGCCUCUUGCAGCGCCAAAAAAACGCCCCUAUGGCGAGACGCCGAAGAUGGUACACCUUUGUGCAAUGCCUGCGGAAUUCGGUACAAAAAAUACAAACUAAGGUGCGGCACUUGCUGGCAUAUUCCAAAGAAAGACGAAUUCAGCCCUACCUGCAGAUUCUGCGGAUCUUUCUAUCAGUAUGUGUCGCUGCGUCGUUGACUGUUGAUUCAACAAAAACAAAAACAUGCUAGCGUGUUUACGUCGAGAAAAUCUCUCAUUAAUUUAUUAUUUGUGUUAAUAAUUUUCCUUUGUACAGUGGUUCAUGAAUGCAAAUUAAAUUUAUUCUCGU